AUGCCGUUUCGGUGGUAUGCGAAUAAGUACAUGUGCUUUUUUUGUUGCUGUCCAUUCAUAGACAGUUCCAAGCUUAAGCAGCACACUAAAGAAGAACAUCACGGUGCAAAAUUAAGGCAUCUCUUGCGUAGUAUCGUAGGACAUAGUAGGAUAAAGCUGGACUUGUCCGAGAUAUCCUGCAAGAAGUGUCCGAAAUCGAUCAGAACGCUGGAGGAGUUCUUGAAGCACGCCUCUGAAGUUCACGCGGUGAGGGUAGAUGAAGAAGUCAGCAGACACCUUUUCGCUUUUAAAUUGUCCGACGAUAGAAUGUGCUGUAUUGAAUGCGGCGUUCAAUUCCGUUUCUUCGGGCCACUUUUGGCCCACGUACAUAAAUAUCACAAUAAGACUAGCACAUUUCUGUGCGAGAUCUGCGGCCAGGGUUUCGUGGCUAAGGCGAAUGUAGACAGUCACGUAAAAAACGUGCACUCAACUAUCACUUGCCACUGUGAGAAAUGCGACAAGACUUUCCCUUCGAAUUACGCCCUCAACAACCAUUUAAUGAAGGUGCAUAAAUCUGAUAAAUUAAAAUGCCCCAAAUGUCCCGAGAUUUUGGGUAGCAGGUACUUGAAAAAGCGACACCUAGCGUUAGUGCACGACGUGAAAAGUUCGCAGUUUGCGUGCGAGCAGUGUUCAAAGGUGUUUACAACUAAAAGUACACUCGUCCAACACAAUUUAAGAGUGCAUCUAAAAGAGAAAUCAUUCGCUUGUGAGAUUUGUGGCUUUAAAGUAUUCAGUAAGGACUUACUAAGGCGGCAUAUGGUAAAACAUGACGACACGAGGCCUUUCCAAUGCGAAUAUUGCAAGAAGAGUUUUCAGAGGAAGAAGACCUUGGACUUCCAUAGAAGAAUACACACGAAUGAUAGAAGAUACGCGUGCAAAGAAUGUGAUAAAGCGUUUGUUCAAGGAGGCACAUUAAGUCUAACGCACUUUCUCGAUGACGAUGACAAUGAUGAUGACGAUGAGGAUGAUGUUGAUGGUGACGAUGAUGUUGACGAUGAUGAUGAUGGUGAUGACGAUGAUUAUGACGAUGACGAUGAUAAUAACGUUGACCAUGACGGUGACGAUGGUAAUGACGAUGAUGAUUAUGAUGAUGAUGACGUUGGUGACGACAAUGAUGAUGACGUUGACCAUGACGAUAACGGUGACGAUGAUGGUGACGAUGAUGAUGAUGGUGACGAUGAUGAUGACGUUGACGAUGAUGAUAACGACGACUUCGAUGACUAUGAUGAUGAUGAUGACGAUGAUGAUGAUAAUGAUGACGUUGACGUUGAUGAAGAUGAUUAUGACAAUGAUGACGAUGAUUAUGAUAAUGUCGAUGACGAUGUCGAU